AUGGUGACUGAAUUUCCCGCAAUUGGCUGUUCCGAGUCGAGAGCCGAUUGUUGCCCAUUCGACCAAGGGGCAGAUGCAGCCUUGACCAGAUGUCCGCAGGACUAUUUCACCACGGCAAAUGGUUGCUGUCCAAUCGGGUACCAGGUCUACUACACGGCUAUCGGUGCGCAGACGCCAUGCUUUUCCAAUCCAGCAACAAAAUUCAUCCCGGCAUCCACGCCGACGGUUUCGGGCUUGACAUUGAUCACCGACCAUGUUUUCUCGCAGAUGUACAUGCUUGUUACGCCGGUCCCGACGCACAGUAAGCUGCCUCUCGGGGCUGAAAUUGGAAUCGCGGUGAACGCGGUCCUCUUCGUCGGGGUCAUCAUUGCGGUAUUCAUCUUCAUCCGGAGGCGGAAAGCGAAAGCAGCGGCUCAGAUGGCGCGGUCGACGACGUUUCCGCCGGAAGAACCGGCUCUUCAAAUGUCGCAGGUGCCAGACACACACGAGCUGGACAGUCCCGAGGGACAGGCAGGCUCUCCUGAAGCCGGUGACCUCAACUGGCCUAUUUUCCCAGCAGCUUCACCUCCCGCAUACGAGCAAGCGAAGGCAAGAUCCGUCUCCAAUAAACCAAGCACCCCUCAAGAGCUGCCGGGAAGCACUUUCAUCCAUGAACAUCACCCGGCAUACUCGAGUCUUCAUACACCUACAGAAGCAACGCCACCAUCACCUCCCAAGACGCCAGUUCAAAAAUCCGAAAAGAAGUCACCCGUCGUGUCUGCUAUCACACCGAGGUCGGGCAUUCAGAGUCCUCCGUUCGUGUCACCCUUGGGCUCACCGAGGCUACCUCAAUCCUCACCUUGA